AGCGCCCGUUUCCGGACACAAUAAAAGUCUCUCCGGCGCGUGAGCUCCGGCAGCGUGCGCGAGCUUAAAUUAUGAAAGAAUAUUCGUAAAAAAUAAGAAGAAAUCCGUCCAGGCUCUAAAACAGUCUUGCUGCGGCGUGUGUGAGUACAGGGAGGUUUUUAAGGUCUCCUGCUCGGACACAUGGCACACACCACCUCCUCGCAGCAGGAUGGGCGGACGGUGGACUCCGGACCCCCACUGCAGGGUCUGGUUCUGGCUCCUCACGCGCCGCUGGAGAGCGCUCAGUUAGCCGGGAGAAUGAAGUGCCCCAGCUGCAGCGGCUCCAGGAUGUUCUACUGCUACACCUGCUGCUGUCUGGUGGGAGUGAAUCCAGAACACGUCCCCACAGUGAAGCUGCCUGUGAAGAUCGACAUCAUCAAGCACCCGAACGAGACGGACGGAAAGAGCACUGCGGUUCACGCCAAGCUCGUCGCGCCGGACGACGUCUCCAUUUACACCUACCCCUGCAUCCCGGAGUUCGACGGGCAGACGCAGAACGUGGUGCUGGUGUUUCCAGGCCCGGAUGCGAUGACGGUGGAGGAGCUGCAGAGCUAUUUCUGCAAAACUGAAGGGAAAAGAGGAGCAGGGAGCCCAGCGGAGGAGAGACGAGUAAAGAAACUCAAAGUAGAGGAACAGAGAGAGAGUUCACACACCUGCACUCCAGAGCACGCAGACGAGUCGCACAAACACACCUGUCCGGUUCAGAGGGUCAUCUUCAUCGACAGCACCUGGAACCAGACCACCAGGAUCAUCACGGAUGAACGUUUACAGGCUUUACCGCAGGUGGAGUUAAAGUCGAGGAAAACUUGUUUUUGGCGCCACCAGAGAGGCUCACCAGACACGUACCUGGCCACCAUCGAGGCCAUCUACUACUUCCUGAAGGACUUCCACGUCCACUGUUUGCUGAGAGAGUACAGAGGGGAGUAUGAUAAUCUUCUCUUCUUCUACUCGUUCCUGCACAAGCUGAUCAGCAAGGCCAAGCGGGACGCUGGCAAGUCCUGAAGAGGACGGAGUGACCAUCGGAGUGACCAUCUGUUACCAGUGCAGGGCACAGGACCUGCACUGGAGCUAUUCAGACUGAGCAGGAGUUUCUCUCUGUGGGAUCUCCGUGGCCCAAAGAACCAAACGACUGCUACACCUCCUCUCUGACUGAAGGGUCUCGCAGCAGCUGAGGGGGCUGUGCAGCACAGGAGGCCCAACCUGCCUUACUUUUCAGACUAAACACAAACACAGCAGUAAUAUUUAAAUAUUUUUUAUUUACAAAGCAUUGCAUGCCAUUAAAACAGGAGCAGUGCUGUUGUCAGAUCAUUACGGAGAAUGACUGACCGGGAAGUGAUUCAUUUGAUUUUUAAGGCACUGUGAAUAAAACAUGAUUAUUUUCCAAAUAAAUAUAUUUCCUCUUAA